GCCAAAACCAUUCCUGUCCAAUAUUUCACAGAAAUAGCUACGACCGCUUAAAUCGAGCCAUGAAAUUCCAAAGCGCCGUCAUCCUGGCCGUGAUCGCUGUGGCUUCUUUUGUAUCUGGCGAAACACCAAGGCAGUUCUACUGCGGGCGGCGCCUAGCUACCACGUUAGCGUACAUCUGCGAUGCAGACAUCGCGGUGAAGAGAUCGGGUCCGUACAUCUCACUGCCGGAGUACGAUGGUGAGUUCGGCUGGCCGUGGAUCAGCUCUCGUGGUGCGCGCGCCAUGCACGCCGUCAGAGGUAAGCGCGGAGUCGCGUCGGAAUGCUGUGACAAGCCGUGCUCCAUCGAGGAACUGCUCACCUACUGUUAGAAACAAUUGUUGGCCCGAUAUUGAAUUGUUUUAAAGGAAAGUGUUAUGAAAUAAAUCGGUUUGUUAAGAUUUUACCAGUGUUUCAUUUAUGUAUUUUAUAAAUAUUACAAAUAUAUUAUUUCUAAAUGUGUAUAAAAUAUAUGAAAAAUAUAUUUACUUAUAAUGUUUUUUUAUUAAAUAAACUUUACCAAAAUGCGAUUUUCAUUACAUAUUUAUCAACUCCUUUCUAAAUAUAUUUCUUUAAAGCAUAUGUCUACAUAGGA